CCAGCGGCGGCCGCUGCGGCAGCACCGGCAGCACCGUCCCGGCGACCCCCGCGGGUCCCCGCAGUCCGCAGCUGCCUCCGGGCCCGCCCCGGCCAGGCCGGGCUCCCCGCCGGCCUCGCAGUGCCAGGCCAUGGCGCAGAGCGGGCAGCCGACGCCACCGCCCGAGGAGAACCUGCAGGGCUCUUGGGUGGAGCUGCACUUCAGCAGUAACGGCAAUGGCCACAGUGCGGUGCCAGCCUCAAUCUCGGCCUAUAAUGGCGACAUGGAAAAGAUUCUUCUGGAUGCGCAGCAUGAGUCUGGACGCAGCAGUUCCAAGAGUUCUCACUGCGACAGCCCUCCUCGGUCACAGACACCCCAGGAUAUUAACAGGACCUCUGAAGCAGAUACUCACAGCCUCGGAGAGAAGAACAGUUCCCAGUCUGAAGAAGAUUACAUGGAAAGACGGAAGGAAGUGGAGAGCAUCCUGAAGAAAAACUCAGACUGGAUUUGGGACUGGUCCAGCCGACCCGAAAACAUCCCCCCAAAGGAGUUUCUUUUCAAGCACCCAAAGCGCUCGGCCACCCUCAGCAUGAGAAACACGAGCGUCAUGAAAAAGGGAGGCAUCUUCUCGGCAGAGUUUUUGAAGGUUUUCCUUCCGUCCCUGCUGCUCUCUCACUUCCUUGCCAUUGGGCUGGGGAUCUACAUUGGAAGACGUCUCACCACCUCUACCAGCACCUUCUAGGGCGGGCCAAGCAGCAGGCAGAGGCAGUGGUCUCUGAGCAUGCAGAAUGGUUAGCGGAGGAAGUCCGUGUAUCGUCUGGCUCCUGUGACUUGUGUUCAAUGGUUGUGUAAAUGUCGUGUUCCUAGUUCAGUAGAGUGGGAGGAUGGAUAGUGUCCUCACACCCUGGGCAUCAGCGUUGGGAGCGGGCAGACCGAUCCACCUCCUCUAGGUAGGGUUAGCCUCUGUGCCCUUUAAUGAUGACCUUUCCUACCCCAAUCAUGAGACUUCCUGGACUUCUACAAAACCCCCAAACUUCUGAUUUCCCCUGAACAGGGGCUACUCCUUUGAACAAGUGAAUCAUGUCACUUUUAAGAGAUACAUGUUUAAGGGCUUGUCCAAAAUGCUGUCCCAGAAAAGCGUCUGUUCCCAUUUGUUCUGGCUGGAGCAGCCACUUGGCAAAGACUUCCCUCCAUUGUGCUGGGUGGUUUUCCUGGGCCAAUUGGAAAAAAGGAAAGAAGCCCUCAAGGUGGUCUGCUCAGCUUGGGACCGUCCAUUCGAUGCUGACCUGGGAAGUCUCGUCUGGCCCCCUCCCCUUGCCCCAGAACUCAAUUGGUUUCCUUUGUCGGGCCUUGUGUGGCCUGCACUGUGUACCAGGCGGCUCCCCUGCUAGGCCUGCUCGAUUCCCCACGCUCCCCGCUAGGCCCAUGCUGUGCUCCUCUGCCCUACCCUUUGUCUGUCGACUUCAGCCACUGAAACGGGGAAUGGGAAUGACUGUUUGCCAAAUCCUUCUGAGAUGCCUGUGUUAGGUACAUUUCACCAGGCUUGUGAGCCCACGAGAGGCUCACAUCAUCCCUGUUCUCCUUAAGGCAAAUGUUUUCUGAAAGGAGGCCACGUCUUUGCUGUGCUGGACACACUCAACAUUUGUUUCUGUUUGUCUCUGGGCUGAAAUAAACGCAUCCUUCUCAUUUGAAAA